AUUAAUUUAGGUCAGGUAAGAGAAUUUCUGGAGGAUGGGAGAAUGGUGCCUGUUCAAUCCCAACGUGUUUCAAUCAUACAUGGUACAUGUACAGAAGAGAUGUUGGGUUAAAUGUUCACAUUGCAUUUAGUUGUCACAGCGUUUAGAUAAAAAAUCUACAAUAACAAUUUCGCAAUAUUAUAUGGAAAAGUUCAACAACUAUUUCAUCAUCAUUUAUAUCAAAAUGUAUAUGAACACAUCAUUUAACUGGAAUCAAUGAUAUUCUUGUUAGUAUGGAAACGCGGCACAAACAUUAAUAUACUUGGAUACUCGAAUAACCUCUAGAUACAUUCUAUGAAAAGCCAGUUUUAAAACAAUAAACAGUGUUUUGACACCUUUUAGUUAAAGUGAUUCUUUUAAACAUGAUAAGGCUUUAAUAUUUUGGUUUCCUUUUGUGGUGUAUUUGAAUUUUCACUUCAAUGUUUUCCAAAAUGGUGUUAAGAGAGGCAGCAUUAUUAUUACUAUUGAUAGUACAUAUUUCAUCCAGUCAGACUUGUUUCGAAAAUACAACUUGCCAGUCGCUGAAUACUACAACCACAUGUCUUGGUGUUACCUUGACCUUCACUCAUACAUCACUGGAAUUCGCUACAGAUUCUACAACAUUAAGUUCCGUAAAUGAGAAGUUAAAACUCUGGGAGGGUUUAAAGUAUGUUCCUGAGUGCUGGUCUUUGGUGCAACCUUUUCUUUGUUCAGUGUACUUGCCUAAAUGUGACAGGGGGCAGGUGGAGUUGCCUAGUAAAGAAUUAUGUAAGAAGAUAAAAUCACCGUGUAAAAUUGUUGAGAUUUACCAUGGAGCCUGGCCUGAUUUCUUAGACUGUGAUGAAAGCCAUUUUAAAGCAGGCUGUCUGUCACAAGCAUAUGAUUCAUUAGAUUUCAACACAGAAGGAUCCUGUAUAUCUCCUUUGGUUAGAACUGAGGAUCCUGAGAGCUGGUAUGACUAUGCUGAGGGAUGUGGUGUACAGUGUCAGAAUCCUCUAUACACAGACUCCGAACACAACCAAGUCCAUGCUCUCAUUGCUGUGUUUGGUUCAAUAUGUUUAGUCUGUACACUCUUUACUGUGUUGACUUUUUUAAUUGAUUGGAAAAAUUCUAAGAAGUAUCCAGCUCUGAUCCUAUUCUUCAUCAACAUAUGUUUCUUCCUGUCCAGUAUUGGUUGGAUGGCCCAGUUCUCUGGUGGGGCUAGAACUGAUAUCGUCUGUAAGAGUGAUGGCACCAUUCGUGAAGGUGGACCACUGACAGGAGAAACAGCAUCCUGUACAUUUGUUUUCAUACUAGUCUACUAUUUCUUCAUGGCUGGUGCUGUUUGGUUUGUCAUGUUGGCCUACGCCUGGCAUCUGACCUUCGAAGCUCUUGGUACUCCACGUGAUGAUCUCUCCAAUAAAACGUCCUACUUCCAUCUUGCCAGCUGGAGCAUACCACUAGUCUUAACUAUUGUUAGUUUAGCUGUCUCUGAGAUUGAUGGUGAUUCUGUCAGUGGUAUAUGUAUGAUUGGUUAUCAAAAUAAAGGAUACAGAGCUGGGUUCCUGUUAGUUCCUAUUAUACUGGUUCUCAUAUCAGGCAUGAUAUUUCUUGUGAAAGCAUUUAAGACCUUAUGGGCACUGAAGGUAGAUACACCAGAUUUUAUCAGUGACAAAGCCAAGGCCAAAAUUAAGGAGACUAUAUAUAGAUUAGCCAUCUUUACAGCCUUAGCCUGUGUGUUUGUGGUUAUAACAUUUAGUGUACAUCUCUAUACCUUUACAAAUGAGACUGAAUGGGAAAAACAUUUUAAAGAUUACAUAUUUUGCCAAGCAAAUCUUACCGUGACCACCAGUGUAUACAAUACAUCCAAUAGAGUAUGUUCCCUGGGAGACAGACCCAGUGUGGCUGCUGUAAAUUUCCACAUCCUGGCAUUUUUUGGUGCUGGUAUAUUGAUGAGCAGUUGGUCAUGGACCAAAGCUUCUCUGUUGUCAUGGGAACGGUUUGUCAGGAAAAUUUUCAACAGACCUUCCAGCAAGCCAGUAAAAUUAAAGAAACACAAGAUGAUAGCGAGAGCUUUUGAAAGGAGGAAGGACAUCAACAAUGGCCGACUGUCUAUAAGUUUUGGGAGUACACAUGAUGAUCCAUUGGGUAUGAAGUUUGACUUGAAUAGUGUAAGUUCACAUGAGAUGUCCUCCACAUUUGCUAACGCCAUGCCUAAGUUGGUCAGAAGAAGAGGAGGCAUGUUUGCCCCAACAGCAGGAACAAACCGUAGAUACUCAGACUCAGAUGUAGGGUCUAUUGCCUCUAAAAUGGCUUCUAGACGUCAGUCAUUAGAUUCCCAACUGAGUGAAGCACAAGGCCAGUUCCAAUACAGUGAUGAUGAGGAUGCUGAUCAGGAGUAUGUAGAUCUACCAAACAUGAUAGGGGGUGGUGGUGGUGGGACUGGAGUCAGUGAUGGCAGGGGUAAACGGAGAAGAAAGAGGAAGAAGAAACGUAAAAGUCACAAAAAUAGGGUUCUACCUGUUUUAAAUCCUGUUACUAGGGAAAUGGCUGCAGCAGCUUACGGAGGGAGGAGACGUGGAAAGAGGCGGAGUAGUAAAAGUUCCCUUGGGAGUCGUGCCUCUGCUCAAGGAGUUGAUAUAAACCUUGAGAGAAACAGCAUUGAGGCUAUGUCCAUAGCGUCUUAUUCUCACCAAGAGAGCUGUGACAACGCAACCAUGCCGUUACCACCAAAAAGUCUCACCACAAACUUUGCUAUAUUUACUGCUAGUGCUUACGCUGGAGAAUUAAAAACAAAGAUAAAUGAUGAUAGUGAUAAUAAUUCAGUCCGUCAUAACGGCAGCAUGAGAAACAAUAGCAGUAGCAGACGAACUAGAAAUAAUAGUGGAUCUGUGCAAGCUGGCGGGAGAAAGAGAGUCCACAGUAAUAGCAUGAACUCUAGACAGGGCAGUGCUGGCAUGAACUCUAGGCAAGGUAGUGCUAACAUGAACUCUAGACAGGGUAGUGCUGGCAUGAAUUCUCGGCAGGGCAGUGCUUCUAGCAUGCAGCGAAGAAACCCUGCCAUCGAUAUGCGUUCUAUAAAUUCAAGACAUGCUAGUGCUUCUAGUUUCAGCCAAAGAGCUGUAUCAUUAGAAAUGAACAGGAAUCAACGUCAAGGCAGCGCAUCAAGUUCUCGUCAUAUGAACAACACAUUUGAAAUGAAUGAUUCAAGGACAAAUAGAAAAGCAAAUUCUGCAAGUAGUCGUUCAAGCAGAGGGACCCGCCAGUCAUCUGCAACAUCAAAUAGAUCCAUUUUGUCAGCGAACAGACAACUGCCAGGGGAAACAACUGUGGUUCAAAUAGAUGAAGAUUACAUUUCUCAAGGGUCAUUAGAUUAAAUGUUAAGUCAACACUCAUUGUCUCUAAGGAAGCCGGAUGCCCCCUGUCUACUAUACUAGGGGCAUUUCUUUUUUUCAAAAUGUGUGUUUUCUUGUCAUUUCCUGAGUCAAUUGACUCAAUUCAUCCUGUAUCAGGUUAAAGAUUGCCUAAUACACAUAUAUUUUAAAGCUAAAAAUGUUAGGCAGAUUCAAAAUUGUCAAAUAAAUGAGUACCUUCUAAACUUACCAUUUUAAUAAGUAAAAAAAUAACCUUACAUGCAAUGUUUCCGUACAUGUACUUCAAAUGUACUUUGAGGGCCAGCUGAGGACCACCACCGGGUGUGGGAUUUUCUCACUACAUUGAAACCCAUUGAUGGCAAUCAGCUUUUGUCUGCUCUUUGGUCGGGGUUUUUGUCUCUUUGAAAUAUUCCCCAUUUUCAUUCUCUGUUUUAUUGCUUUAUAUAAAUAACCAGUAUGGUUCAUACAUCUAAAUAUUUCUUUCAUCCUCAACGAGCUUCAUUUGUAUGCACAGUUUUCAGUAGAUAAUUGUUUUUAUAAUUAUCUUGUUAAGAUUGCAUUUUACCAACAUGUUUUUUUUUAAAUCUUUCAUAUGAUAUUAAGUGAAAAUGUUAAGAAUAAUUGGUGUAAGAAUCUCAUUUAUUUUUAUCCUACCUUUAAAAAAGGGGCAUUUUGUUUUCAGACUGCAUUAAUUUUAAUGCAGGCAUUACACAUUAUAGUUGGUCUGUAAUAUUGGUGGGUAUUUUUAUUGAUUGUAAAUUAAAGUGCUGUAUGAUCAAGUGCUAAUAUUUUUCAUGUGUUAGAACAUUUGUUUUAUUUUUAAUUAUUAGUCUUUUAUAAGAUAUUUUAUCAUAGUGAAAAGUACAAAACAUUUUUCAUUUUUUAAGUAUUUGUUUAAUAGGUUGUUAUUGAUAUUAUUACUUUUUACAAGUUUGAUAUUUUGUGGUUUAUCAAAUGAGAGUUUUUGUAUUUCUUAACUCAUUAAUAUGAUUAACAGGGUUCAUCUCUGAUGAAAUCAUGUCUGAUUGAAGCUGUAGAGAAUAAUAUUCAAUAACUUUUUAGAUAGUAUGUAUGUAAAACUGUUGCUUGAAAUAUUGCAUUGAUGGCCUUUGGUUGGUUUUUUUUACUCCUCGGUUGGGUUGUUGUCUCUUUUGAAACAUUCCCCUUUCCAUUUUCUAUUUUAUGAUCUUAUUUACAGUAAUAUAAGUGCUAUCUUUUCUUCUUCUAUUCAUGUGUGCAAAAUGAUUUUUCUUCUGAUACACCUUUAAAUAUCACAUCUUUUCCCAUGCCUGUCUGAUCAAUUUAAGCCAAUCAAUGAAGAGAAUUUCAUAUCUGAUCAAUUAUUUAUCCAAUCAAUGAAGAGAAUUUCAUUCUGAUCAAUUAUUUAGCCAAUCAAUGAAGAAAAUUUCAAUUUGAUAAUUAUUAAUCCAACCACUGAAGAAAAUUUCAUUUUCAUCAAUUAUUUAGCCAAUCAAUGAAGAGAAUUUAAUUAUGAUCAUUUUUUUAUCCAAUCAAUGAAGAAAAUUUCAUUCUGAUCAAUUAUUUAGCCAAUCAAUGAAGAGAAUUUAAUUUUGAUCAAUUAUUUAGCCACCCAAUAAAGAGAAUUUCAUCAUAUCAAUAAUAUUAGUUGUGUACCUACAUUAUGGUAAAGUGCUACCUCAAAAUGUUUUUAUUUUUAUGUUUACAAUCUGUAUUUCUAGAUUACAGAGCGAUUUUUUAAGCCAUUAUAAAUGCAUAAUAUGCAAUGAGAUUUGUGCUUUCUAAAAGCAUUAUUAUGAAAUUAUAUGCAUAUCAAGAUUUUGCUUGUAUCAGAUUUGUUACUUAAAUUUGUUCAUUAUUUGUGCC